GUUUUCUUCUCGUUUCUUCUCUAUUUUCCAUCUGCUUUCUCUUCUUUCCGGGAAAAGGCUUUUCUUUUCGGGAACUCCUCGACCCCAACUUCCGGUCGCCCUGGAGAGAGUGCGAGAGCGGUCGCGAGGCGAGAGUCGGCGGCUUUCAUGUUCAAGGCCUUUUCGACUUCCUCGAAAAAAGACUUUCUGGAAUCUCCAUUUCCCUGCAACUCUCUCUUCUCCUCCAGAGUGUCUCUGUCUGAAGCUGCCGAGACACACCGGUCUCUCUGCGGGGGCCGUGGCAAUGUGAGAAGACGCUCGAGAGAAGGACGCCUUGCGUCUUGAGGUUUCUCCCUCUGUCUGCCCAGCAUCGCCUCGAGUGCUUUCUUCAGGCUUUCGACUCGCCGCGUGAGGAACGCCUCUGUCAGAAAGGACUCUGCCGGUCCCUCCUCGCUUUCCUCGGAGGCAAAAAACAGCCCCCGGUGUCGCCGUUCAGAAACUUCCUGUUCACUCUGGAAAGUGAAUCGCCCUCUCCGCCUUCCCAAAGUGCGUUGCGUCUCGUUUCCCCCGCGCUCGCUGCUCUGCGAGUUCCAGCGCCUCUUCUCUCCGGCCUUGUUUCCGCCGUCGGUGGAUGCCUUCUCUGCGCGCAGCCGCUGAACGAGAUUCAGAGGCGGGAGUGAGCUCGAGGCGAGGGAGGGAGGAGAAGAGGACGAAUCGCAGAAGCAGCGAGAAGAGCGUUUCGGACGAGUCCCCUGGUCUGCGAGUGACGUCAAGAUGGGGGUUCCAACCUUCUAUCGGUGGCUGUGCAGCCGCUAUCCGCGGGUCGUCAUCGACGUCGGCGAGAAUCACGUUCAGGAAAUGAGGGAAGAACUUCGACAGAAGAAGGAGCAGCAGCGACAGCAGGCGGCGAAGGAGAAGGAAGCGACGUCGACCGACGGUCAAGAAAACAACGACGCGGAAACAACAGAAGAAGACUUCGCAUACGACUGCCUCUACCUGGACAUGAACGGAAUCAUCCACCCUUGCUGCCACACCGACGACGGUUCUUGUCCCGCGACGGAAGAGGAAAUGUUUCUCUCCAUUUUCCAGUACGUGGAUCGAAUCGUCGACAUCAUUCGCCCGCGCCAGCUUCUCUACUUAGCUAUCGAUGGAGUGGCGCCGCGCGCAAAGAUGAAUCAGCAGCGCAGUCGGCGCUUCAAAGCCGCCAAAGACAUUCAAGAAGAAGAGAAGGCUUACGCGGAACUGAGGGCGCAGUUCGAAAGCGAAGGACGCGAAGUUCCUCCCAAGAAAAUGCGCUGGGACUCCAACGUCAUCACUCCAGGCACACCCUUCAUGCACCGCCUGGCCGACGCCCUCACAUAUUACAUCCAAGACCGCCUGGCGACGAACGAGAACUGGAAAGGCCUACGAGUCAUCUUCUCGGACGCCACAGUCCCGGGAGAAGGCGAACACAAAAUAAUGGACUUCAUUCGCCAGCAACGCAAAUCUGGCGAGUUCUGUCCGAAUCUGCGGCAUGUGUUGCAUGGCGCAGACGCAGAUUUGAUUAUGUUGGGUUUGGCGACGCACGAAGCCAACUUCUCGAUUCUUCGGGAGGCCGUGGUCGACCGAACGCCUGAGCAAGUCUGCAGCGCAUGCGGCGCCGUGGGUCACUCGGCGGAGAACUGCCCCGCGAGCUCGAGUGUGCAGGCACCCGACGACCGCGCCUUUCGCGUCUUCGAGCAAGACAAGCGCGGCCUGAAGAGACACCUGGAAGCGCGCGGCGUCGAACUUCGCGAGGACUGGGCUACAGGGCUCGAGAGCCACCGCCGAGCGUGGAAGCCUCUCCAAAUGCUCCAACUUCCUGUGUUGAGGGAGUACUUGGCUUACGAAUUCAUCACCAGUCAAGAAGAAGGACAGUCCUUCGACUUGGAGCGCUGCAUCGACGACUUUGUUUUUCUCUGCUUCCUUUGCGGAAAUGAUUUUCUGCCUCACCUGCCCCACCAGUCGAUUCAGCGCGGGAGCAUCGACGCCCUCGUCCAGCUGUACCUACAGCUGAGACCGCAGGUCCUCACCGACUACCUGACCCGCGAAGGUCGCGUCAACCUUCCUGAGUUGUACACUUUUCUCCACCACUUGGCCAUCGUCGAGAAAGAAGUUGUCCGACGCGACCUCCAGAGAAAGAGUCGCAUGCGCGAGAGGACAGAGCAGCAAAAACAACAGGAGCUUCUCUCGGCGGCGAAGGCGGCCGCCGAGCGGAUUCGGACUGCGAACAAAGGGGGAGAUUCCGGACCCUCUCGAGACGCAGAACAGGCGCCCGAGUUGUCGAACGAGAACGCUGCGCGGCUCCUGAAGCACCAACUGGAGGCGCGGAUUUUGGCGGUGGGUUCUUCGAAUAUAAGCCAGAGCGGCAGUCCGGAGGCCCAGCCGGCUCCUGCAGGCGCGGCGGCAGGCGCAGCGGGUGGAGUCGUCGGCCAAGUCGACGCGGAAGACGCGAGCGUUCGUGGCGAAACGUCAGGGGAGGGUGCAGAAGGCGCGGUGGUCCGAGAAGAAGACAGCGAGUGCUUUGAAGAAGAAGCUGCUCGCGAGCAGGCCGCGUCUGCGGACGGCGGAGACAUGGUGUCUCCUCCGGUCAAGCGCCGAAAUCGGGGCGCCGAGGGGUCUGAAGAGGGCGGUGUCGUGUCUGUGUCUGCGGGGAAGAAACGAGAAGCAGAUUUCGACAUGUUCAAGGCGAAACUGUCACAGAAGCUGAAUCGUGAGAUCGACGGAGACACUUUGCUGAAGGACGAGGUGGACGGCGGCGUUGGCUGUCCAGACCGCGCCACAUGGCGACAAAAGUACUACCGCCAGAAGUUCCACCUGCCCGCCGAAAGCGAUCGAAAGGAUGUGGAGCAGCUCGCGAGCGACGUCGCUCUCGCGUACAUCGUCGGCCUCCAGUGGGUGCUGCUCUACUACUACCAAGGAUGCAACAGCUUCGACUGGUUCUUCCCCUUCCACUACGCGCCGCUGGCCGUCGACCUCGCGGACGAGCUGCAGAGACGCCUCAAACUGGACGAUCAGAAGGAAGAACGCGAGCGACGAGGAAGCGCCUUGGGCAGCGUCCAAGGACUCCCCCGGUGCGGCCACUCCCGAGGCGUCUCUCUGGGACAAGACGGAAACUUCGAGAUCUCCUUCACUCUAGGCACUCCCUUCAGAGCGUUUGAGCAGCUGAUGGCGGUGUUGCCUCCGUACAGUGCCUCUUGUUUACCGCGCGAGCAUGCAGCCGUCAUGAUGAAUCCUCGAUCUGCAAUUGCGGACUUCUAUCCGUCCGACGUGAAGAUGGACCCCAACGGGAAGAGACACCAGUGGCAGUGGGUGGUGCUGUUGCCAUUCAUCGAUGAGAACCGUUUGCUGCGGACUUGCAAGCCUCUGGAAAAAUUCCUGACCCUCGAGGAGCGCGAGCGCAAUCGACGCGGCAGCGACCGACUGUACGUACACCGCAGCCACCCGCUGGCGCGAACGCUGGCUGAAGUGUCUCCCGAACACGGGCAGGGCGUGACGGUGCACGACGAGGAAGCAGAGGCGGAAGCUGAGAGCUCAGCAGGAUACAGUGGAGUGCGUGGAGAAGGCCGACUCAUCGAGGGCGAUUCGACGUCUAUGGGAAUGACCGGAAAGCUGUUUUUCAACCAGUUCUCCGUUCUGCCAGGCGAACAUGUAGUCAGUCCAAUUGAGGGACUUCCUGAUUUUACUUCCGUCGCCGUCUGCUGUUUCUACACUCCGCUGCGUUUGCCCCAGCAGCACCGCUCUGUCUUGCUCGAAGGUGUGAAGCCCUAUGUGCCGAUUCUGGAGCGUUUUGACCUCGAGGACGAAGAGCGGAAAGAUCGGGCGUUCAGCGGAGCGAUUGCGCGCCGCAUUGUGAUGCACUGUCUGAGUUCCCGGCACCGAGAGUACUCUCGCCAGGACCGGCAGCCGGGCUUCGAGAGACCGCCGUGGCAAGAGAGAGGCGCCGGGAUGAUUCCGCACGGAAGACGGCCGCCUUACCCACCGGGCAAUUUUCCUCCCGGCCCGAAUUUUCCCUGCCGCCCCGGCUUCUCCCACGGCGUGCCAGACCCGCCUCUCUUGUACUCCGUUCCCGGUGGAGUGCAUGCAGGUGGUUCUGCCGCGUGGAAUGCACCUGGACUGAUUCCAGGCGAUCCGUGGGCGCAGCAGUUUGCGGCGCCGGGGUACGGAAGACCGCAAAGCCAAGGCGCGGGUCUGUUGUCUGCGCCAGUGCACGGCGGGUACGGAAGCCGGCCACCGUACGCAGAUGUCCGGUGCAUGCAAAGCAUGCAAAAUUCCCGCGGACUCAUGGGACCUGGCUACGCACCGUACCGGAAUGCGAAUCCAGGGUACAGUGCAGGUGGGAAUUACCAGAGUCCGCAGGGAACAGGGUACGUUGAUUACCAGUUUCCUGCUCGCGGUGGUUACGGAAAUCACUCACGAGGAGGGCGGCGCGACGGCCGAUACGAAGACUCGAAAUCGAGACAGUACGGCCGGUAGACGAGCUGGACUGGGGUCUGAUAGGUUGAGAGGAAAAAGACAAACCGCCGUGAAACAGACAACACGCAAAUGGAGUUAACGCAGCAGGUGUAGGGGGGGCGAUUCGAGGGGAAAUCUGAGUCGCGCAGAGUGAGAAAACUUGUUUUUCUGCUCGCGUGUAAAAGGGGUCUCAUAGGAGAGGAUUGUGCAUCGCAUGUCACUGAUCUUGUCGAGUUGUCUUUGUGCCUCUUCCGAUCAUUGGUGUUAAGAAGCGCUACAUGUGCAGGUCGCGCGGAUUUCGACGCCGCGAAAUGCGCUUCAGUUUGUCCAGCGUUUUGUUGUCGAGGCUCUUCAGUGGGAAGGUGCCACGCGAAACCACACUUUCUUUCGUUUUCAAUCGUACAGAAGUGGAAAGGAUUGUCUAAACUUUUCUUUAAUCGGAUCUACUACCACGGAACCUCUUUGUCAGGUUGCGCAGGGGGUGGGUCUGUGGUCCUAGCUUGUAGGGCCCUCCGGAGGUCACGUUAUCCAAAUGAUCACCACUAGCUCAUUCUGCUGCGGAAUCGCGGCAUGUGUUACGAUUGUCUUAAAGAACAUAUGUUGGUUUGAACUUCAUUAUUCAUGUCUGAAAUUCUUUGUGCUCGA